CAGCGCGCAGGGUUCGGCGGCGGCGGGGAGCGAGGCAGCGUGAGGCGGCGGCUGCUGCGGCCACAGCCACCCUCCCACCCAGCAUGUCGGGCACCCGGGCGUCCAACGACCGCAGCGGCCACCCCGCCGCCGGCGGGCUGAAGCGGGCGCGCAGCGAGCCGGGCGGUAACAAAGUGACGGUGGUGCUGGGGGCGCAGUGGGGGGACGAAGGCAAGGGCAAGGUGGUCGACCUGCUGGCCACCGAGUCGGACAUUGUGUGCCGGUGCCAGGGUGGGAAUAAUGCAGGACAUACUGUGGUUGUCGAUGGGAAAGAAUAUGAUUUUCACCUGUUUCCUAGUGGCAUCAUUAAUCAAAAGGCAAUUUCUUUUAUUGGUAAUGGAGUGGUUAUACAUUUACCAGGCCUAUUUGAAGAAGCUGAAAAGAAUGAAAAGAAAGGUUUAAAAGACUGGGAGAAAAGACUGAUUAUAUCAGAUAGAGCACAUAUAGUGUUUGACUUUCACCAGGCAGUAGAUGGGCUCCAGGAAGUGCAACGUCAAGCACAAGAAGGCAAAAACAUUGGCACAACGAAAAAGGGGAUUGGACCAACAUAUUCUUCCAAAGCUGCACGAACAGGCCUUCGGAUUUGUGACCUCCUCUCUGACUUUGAUGAAUUUUCUUCAAGAUUUAAAAACCUGGCACAACAAUACAAGUCAAUGUUUCCAACAUUGGAAAUUGAUAUAGAAGGACAACUGAAAAAGCUAAAGGGAUAUGCUGAAAAAAUAAGACCCAUGGUUCGAGAUGGUGUGUAUUUUAUGUAUGAAGCUCUUCAUGGCUCCCCAAAGAAGAUCCUUGUUGAAGGAGCCAAUGCAGCAUUACUUGAUAUUGACUUUGGCACGUAUCCUUUCGUGACCUCCUCGAACUGCACCGUGGGCGGCGUGUGCACCGGGCUCGGCAUUCCCCCGCAGCACGUGGGUGACGUGUACGGCGUGGUGAAGGCUUACACCACCCGUGUGGGCAUCGGGGCCUUCCCCACCGAGCAGAUCAAUGAAAUCGGAGAUCUUUUACAGUCCCGUGGCCACGAGUGGGGAGUAACUACGGGCAGAAAGAGGCGCUGUGGCUGGUUAGAUCUUGUCAUUUUGAAAUAUGCUCAUAUGAUCAACGGAUUCACUGCUUUGGCAUUAACAAAACUGGAUAUUCUCGAUGUCCUUGAUGAAAUUAAAAUUGGUGUUGCCUACAAAUUGGGUGGAAAAAGAAUUCCAUAUUUUCCAGCUAACCAGGAGAUACUACAGAAGGUGGAAGUAGAGUAUGAAACAAUGCCUGGGUGGAAGAGUGACACAACUGGAGCACGAAAAUGGGAGGACCUCCCACCCAAGGCCCAGAAUUACAUCCGCUGUGUGGAAAACCAUGUUGGCGUGCCAGUUAAAUGGGUUGGAGUUGGGAAAUCAAGAGAGUCGAUGAUCCAGCUGUUUUAAACAAAAGAAGAACUUCAGUGAUGAGAAGCACAACUUGGUGUUCAUGGGUUCCUUACUGCUUUCUCUUUAAAUGGAAAUGCUAUUUAAAACAAGCAAUUUCUUCUAGGAAUUAAAUAGAAACACAACAUAUAUUCUGUAUUGUAACAUUUUAUUUAAGUUCUCAGUAAAUUCAGUGUAAAAUCCCCUUGAUGUCCGUCGUCAAAAAAAGUCCAAAAAAGUGUUCCUAACAAAAUAGGGAAAUAAUUUUUUUUCAAUUGAUCCAUGUUGCUAUUUGAAAGUACUUUACACCUAUAUAGUAUUUCUUCUUGUUGAAACCAAUAUUAAGCCUUUUCCAGUAAUUAUUGGAUAACUUUGGAAUUGCAAAGCUUGGAUUUUUUCCUUCAAAUCUUAAAAUAUCUGUGUAUCUGGGUUGGCAGUACUAGGACAGAUAUUGUGCACUGAAAUUGGUUGAAUUUAAAGAUUUUCAGUUUAUAAAAUACAGCAAAGUUAGAUGGGUAUUUUUGACUGCACAAAGCAUAGCAAACACAAUUAUGUAUAAAUUUUAUAUAACAUUUUUAACAGCCUACUAAAAUGAAUGGAGAGCAGCUAAAAUGUAUUUAUCACAAAGCCUAUCCUAGUAACUGAGAUAACAUCUGUAAAGGGGCCAAACUGGACAAAGCUGACCUGUGUAAUAAUUCUUUGAACUGUGGUGUGUACUAACAGGCUGGAGGCUGUCAGGUGUGCAGCCUUUCUUUUAUGCAGUAGGGAAAGGAGUGAGUGAAGGUGGAAGGAAGAGUCUCCUCAGGGUACAAAACACAUGAGCAGAGUGGAGCUGAGACAGCAUGCUGCAUUUUCUCCAUGAACCUGGGACAUUUCUUCCUGCUAGUCCUGUGACUGUAGUUUCCCAAGUUCUGCUGUAGUACUCUGUUGAGGAACUUGAGACUUGUGGCUCUGUAAGGCACUCGCUUCCACAGCUCAUAGGUUUCCAAGAAUAAAUCAAUGCAUGACUCAAUGAUGACUGGUGCAGUAUUUACACCCCUCACACAUUUUGACCUUCCUCAGCAAAAUGUAAUGCCUAUUUAUAAAAGGGCAUGACACGUGGCAGCCAGGGUUGGGAGAUGGAGAAGCUGUGGAGAGGUCCCAGAAUCUUCAAGAAUGUACUUGGAGUUCUUUGUGGAUCUUCUAAUUUAUAAUGGUUAUGCAUCAAGAGCUCUCAAAAAAGGCCGACCUUUUUCGAGAAAGAUAAUAAGGAAAGAUAAAAAAGAUAAUAAGAAAGAUAAAAAAGAGGAAAAAGAUAAUUCUAGAGAUGGAGUUAUUCUCCAAGUAGAUGUUCCUGUUUUAUAUGUCUCAGAGAGCUGUAGCAGUAUUUUUGUAUCAUUCCCAUGGGCUGUGGAGAUGGCAUCACAUCCUCAGUGAUGCCAUUAUGUACUGUGUAAAAAUAGCCCUUUUCUGAUAUGGUAACUCCAAGGGUACAAAACGAUGACACUUGGCAUUAGAAAUGGGGAAAAAAGGAAAACCUGUCAGGAGGAUCUUGUGCCAUACUCAUCCCCUUUGUCUCAUCUCACUCAAUAUCAAAUAGCAGAUAAUGUUCAAAGCCAUAUGUGUCAAGAAACACUUUUAAAAGUACCAGAGCAAAGCAGUAAAUGUAAGUCUUUAUGGAUUGCUGCUUGUAAGGCAGAAUUCUUACACCAUCCAUCUCUGGUGCAGUCUCUCCAUGCCCCAGUUCAUUAUAGAGUCUGGCUUAAUGCACAAGCAAAUACCCUUUUUCUCUAGAAAAAAAAAAAAAUUUAAAAAAAAGAGAGCCCAAAGCUGUGAAUCUUUACUUCUGUUUUAACUCCUUUGUCCGUCUUUGACAAAUUGUUUAGUUUCACUGCUGCUGGUUUUGCUAUCUGUAAAAUGGCAAUUAGGAAUACAUCCUCACCUCUUCAACACUGCCUUUUGGAGUUCCCUGGGUCAAGCCCUGCAGUCCUUGAUCUGAAUUGAGGAGGAAGCUCUCCCCAUGGUAUUUGUUGGUGUUGUGAUGAAAGACCAAUGAGAUUUCUGACCUUAUUUAAUGAUUGUGAAGCACUUCUGAAAGGUACUUGGAAAGUGCUAAUUAUCACAAGCACUGUGAAGUGUGCCUCAUUUAUAUGAGACACUUUAAGCAUAAAGAUGCUUGGAGAUACAGUAAGUUUUGUUUUCACAUGGCUUAACCUUGUGACAUUUGCCCUCUGAGUGAUCUAGAGCUGUUCCUUUUCUUGGCCCCAUCUUCCUCCAUGUGUUUGUGCCUGGAGGUGGCCACUAUAUUUAAGCUUUGGCUGAUUUAUAGGCAAAGUCCACAGUGACCAACAAGCCACUUGGUGUGCUGCAUAACUGGAUUAAAUUAACAAAUCUAAACUGAGUACUUAGCAUAUUGAAGACAAAAGCUUUUAUACCUUAAUUUUCACAGGAUUACUUUCCACCUAAUCUUUUUAUUUUCCAUUUUUUCCAUUAAGUAUCCAUUAAAUCCACAUGGCCCGUCUUUGCGUUCAAGGAUUCAUCAAAAAGCCCAGUGAUGUUGUCAGUGAGCAUGAUGUAAUAGGCAAUUAUCCCAUGACUUACUCUGUUACCAUAAAAAUAAUGCAUUUCAUUUCAUAGCAUGGAUAUUUUAAAUGAAAGUUUUACUCCAAUUAGAUUUUAUAUGUGCUGACAUUGAGUUAAAUGUGAGUAAGUUCAGGCUUUUACCAAAAAGCUCUUUAAUCUACUGAGAGACACAGUGCUUAAUAAGAACAUUUUAAUGUAAAGUUCCUUUAAUUUUGGCUGUUUUCCAUGUAUAUUAUUUUGUAUUGUUUGGAAUUUCAUUUAAUAACAAUUACUGUGAUGAAUUUAAGUACUUCUUUCUCCCCAGCCAAAUUCAAUAAUAAUGGCUAAAACUGGUUGAUGCAUCAUCCUGUUUGAUAUCUGGAUGGAAGAAUAAGGGUAAACGUUUACUGAAAAGCUGUAAUUUGUAGUAAAGAUUAUAGUUUUUUUAAGUAGCAAUUAUAGAUUCACUCCUGCACAGAAAGUUUUGAGGUAUUUUCUGACACUAACCCUUACAAUAUGGCCUUCUUAGUCAGAUAUAUGCUUCCUAACACAGUCAGGAUAGGAUUUUGAAGCUUUUGUAAUUUUUUAAUUUGGCUAUAUAUGGUCUUACAGUUCUGGCAUAAUGCACUUUAUAACAGGAAAGAAAAUUAAGCAUUUCCAUAGUAAUGUGCAAUCUAUACUUACACCUUAUGCAGAUUUUUUUCAGAUGAUUUUUGAUCCACACCCGUUUAUUUUGUCCUUGAAGAUGUAUUAAAACAGAUUUAAAGUAA